AUGGAGAUCAGCAGCAGCCUCAACAAGAGGAAAUUAGGGGAAGCUCAGCAUGAUGGAGAUCGCGUUGUCAUCAAGAAGAGGCAGAGUGUCAGCAUGGACAUGGAGGUCUUGCACUGCCCCGUCUGCUUUCAGAUCCUGAGGCCUCCAGUUUUCCAGUGUGAUCUGGGGCACUUGGUGUGUUCGCCUUGCCGUGACAAUCUGCCGGCCGGAGGCAAGUGCCCGUCGCCGUCGUGCUUCGGAACUCCCUCCGUGCGCUGCGUCGCCAUGGAGCGCGUCGUCAACUCCGUCGAGGUCGCCUGCGCCUACGCCGAGCACGGCUGCCCCGACAAGAUCGCCUACGCCAACAUCACGGAGCACGAGAAGACGUGCCCGCACGCGCCGUGCUUCUGCCCGGAGCCCGGCUGCGGCUUCGCCGCCGCGUCCGCGGCGGCGCUCGCGGACCACUUCACCGCGCCUCGUCACAACUGGCCAUCGCACAAGCUCAGCUACAGCCAGCCGUUCGAACUCCGCGUCCACCCGGGAAAGAACGUCCUCGUCGGAGAAGAAGACGGCGCCCUCUUCCUGCUGAACGUGUCGCCGGCGGCGGAGCACGCCGUCGUCUCUCUCUUCUCCGUGCAGCCGCACCACGGGGCGUCCGGCUUCGGACGCUCGGCGAGCCAUUUCGGAUGUUCGGUGGAGUUCUCAUGCUUCCUGGGGCAUCUACAGUGUUCGACGCUGGUUACUGUCACGAGCUCGUCGCUCUCAGAUGGAAUGCCGGAAGAAUGUUUCUUCUCGGUGCCCGAGCUGCAGGAUUCUGUUGAUGGUGAUGCCGGUGUCGGUGUGGAUAUCCGCAUCACCAUAGAUGAAGCAGUGCCGUUGUUUAGCUGUGUCGACGGCAUGGAGGACGACGACGACGAGGAUUGUGACGAUGAUGUCGAUGCUAACAACGGCGACGAUGAUGAGAAUGACGGGGAUACCUCCGAUGACGAAGACGAGGAUGAUGAGGACGGAACUAAACUAAAUUUUCUUGUUUUGAGCGGCACGGCAUGGAAUCCGGCUUCAGAUGCUCAGUGGAAUUCUUUUUGCUUCGAGGGGCAUUGCGAGGCUUCGACGCUGGAAGCUGUCAAAAUCUCGUCGCUCUCUGACGGGCUGCCGAAAGAUCGUUUCUUUUCGGUGCCCAAGCAGCAGGAUGGGGACGCCGGUGUCGUGCUCGGCAUCACCAUUGAUGAUGUCGAAGACGUAGAGGACGAGGACUCCGACGAGGAAUGUGAAUGA